AUGACUCUAAACCAUGCUCAACUGCAUCCCGCAGUUGUGUUCAAAAAUCAAGGGUAUCGCAAGGCUGCUGCAUACUCUCGUUACCUUCGACGAUUCAGAGACAUGCCGAUUUAUCCAUCGUUCUCUAUUCAUCCUGAUGGUUUCAAUAAAUAUAACAUGGACGUCCCAUCUCUUCUCCAUGGUCUUGGCUGGAGUUCUCUGGUUGAAGACACGAGGUUCAACUAUUGUCCUGAAGUUGUUCGCAAAUUCUAUGUCAACAUCAAGUGUGGUCAUGGAUGUAAUCCAUCCUUCUUCACCACAAUUGUGUUUGGCUAUGAGAUCAAGGUCACCCCGCAGUUUCUGACAACUCUUAUUGACAUCCCUCAUUCUGGGUUUCUGGCUGGAACAGAUGGCGAAUUCACAGAUCGUGGGUUCUCCUUUACUGCUGCCCUACCCGGGAUAUAG